UUCAAUGUUAAAGACCAUUAACGCUCUUUUCUUUGUUGCAAAAUACGUUCCUGCUAUUGUUAAAUUAGCCUAAAAUAAGUUUUCCAAUGAAUACUAACAAGCAUAAAAGGCAAAAUAAUUAUAUGUUGAUGAUCCAACUGAGCUAUCAACAAUAUUUUAAGGAAAUAUGGAUCUUGAAAACAGAAAAUAAAAAUUUUUUAAAAUAAGGUAUACAAAUUUCUUAAUAUUUAAUUUUUAGGGAAGAGGCAUAAAAAGAAGUAAUAGAAUUUUUUUAAAAGUACAAAUUUUAAAAAUUAUACAACACUAAAGUGAUUUAAGAUAAUUAUUUUAUAAAAGAGAAAGGUUAUUGUAUAAUUGAUCUUAAAGAAAUUGCAAAAGAUGAAUUCUUUAUCUUUACAAAAGAAUGUGGAAUUACAAAUCCUGUACUUUGGUUAAAUAAAGCCCUCUAAAAAAUUCAAACCAUUUUGGUAAUAUACUUUUAAGGAGAAUUCUAAAAAAAUUAAUUAGAAGAUGAAUUUUUAACUACUUUUCCAGAUAUUUUUGAAUUUAUCUAAUAAGAAAUCUUAAAUAAAGUAGCAAUAUGUCUUAAAGAACAUUAUAAUUAGGUUUAAAAUAUUUUUUUGAAAUAAUAUUAAGAAACUAUGGAAUAUAAUUAAAAAUUAGAGGAUUUAAUUUAAUAACUCAAUAGUUAAAAAAUUAGUUUGAAAGAAUUCUAAGAGAAUUUAACUGAAUUAUUCAAUGUAUUAAUUUAAAAUUUUGAUGAAUAAGUUCUAAUAGAAAUUUAAAUUAAAUUUUUAUCAAAUUUAGAUUAAAAAAAAAAAGAAAAGUUUCGUAUUUCUGAUGUUUUAUCAAAAAAAUAUCACAAAAUGAUCAUAAAUGGAAUGAAAGAGAAAAUACUAAAUAGUCUUAAAAUUUAUAGAUAAGAAGAUUAUAAAAAGGAAAAAUAAUAGAUUGAAAAAAUAAUAUUAAAAUAAAUUGAGUAGGAGGAUUUUAUUGAUGGAAUAAAAAAAAAGGAAAUAAAUCAGAAUCUAUAAUUGAUAAUAUAUUCAAUUGAUUGGAUUAAUUUAGGAAUAGAUAGAAAUAAAAUACAGCUUUUAAUUUAUAAAUUAUAAGAUUAUUGUUCAUUUGUAGAUGACAAUUAAUUUUUAGGAUUAAAUCAAAGUAGUUUUGAUCAUAAAUUAGUAAAUUUUUAAAAAUACUAUACAAUUGAAAUUAAGAAUGCAUUAGAAUGGUAUUAAAGAAAUGUUGAUGAAUCAACAAAUCUUCUAGUUAUUUGUUAGAUUUAUAUGAUCUUAGCAAAUUUUUAAUUUAAGUAAAGUAAAAUAUUUUUUGGAGAUUAUGAUUCUGAUGCAAGAAAUAUAUUAUUUCAUCUUGUUAGAUAUUUAAAUGAUUUAAGAUAUGGUUAUUUUAAUCAUUAGAUGGUACAAUUGUGUGAAAUUAUAACUCACUAAAUAUAAUAAUAAAUAUUUGAAGAUAUUGAAAUGAAGAUUUAGAGAGAAGAUAUAUAGAAUUAAUAAACAGGAGAAUUAUUUAAGUCUAGAAUUCAAAUAAAAUUAUCUGACUCUAAUUGUCAUGUAUGUUUACAAGAUAUAACUAUUAGUAUUUUAAAAGGUCCUUCUAAAAUAAGUAAAGAAUAUUAUAAAAAAAAUUAAUUAUUUGAAUUAAUUUUAGAUCAAAAAAUUAAGAAUUUUGAAAAAUAUCAAAAAAAAUAAUUAGAAUUAAUUCAAAAUUAAUAUUAAUAGAGAGUGGAACUGAUUAAAGAAAAAUAAAAAAAAGGAGAGUAUAAUUUUAUUUAAGAAUUGAUAUUUCCAGAUUAAAUUUUUUUUGAGAGUCUAUCUUAAAAUUAGACUAAUUCUAAUGUAAUAACAUUAGUUAUUUCUGGAUUCUGUAGUUAAGGUGUAAAUAAAUUGGAUUAAUGGAAACAUGUAUUAAAUAAAUUUAGUGGUACAGUAGUUGCAUUGAAUUGGGAUACAAAAAAAUUUUUUGAUUUUAUAUCUAUGGUAAAAAGUUGGGUAGUUCAAAAUCUGUCAACAGAUUAGAUUCUUGAGAAGAGUUUAAUUGAAAAUCCUUUUGAAUAAGCAUAUGAAUAAGCCUAGAUAGUUGGAAAAUGCUUAGCUCAUUUAUUGGAUGGAGGAUAUUUAUUUGGUGAUAGAUAAAUUAAUAUAAUGUGUCAUUCUUUAGGUAGUUAAAUUUUGCUUGAAUGUGUACAUGAAUUAGAUAGAUUUUCUGAAAAGAAAUUAAUCAAUGAUAUAAUUAUAUUUGGUGGAGUUGCUGAUAUACAUUAGUUGUAAAAAAGAAGAUGGAAUUCUAUUUCAGGUUCAAUAAAUAAUUUUUAUUCAGAAAACGAUAAAGUUCUUAGAUAUUGUUACAAAUUUAGCAAAUUUUUUGAAUAUCCUUGUGGUAUAAUUAUUUAUUUAUAAUAUUUAGGUUUAAAUCCUAUUAAAUUAGGUUAUAAAAAGAUUUAGAAUUAUGAUGUAUCAAAAGAUGUUGAAGGACACUUAAAUUAUUGGGAUAAGUUAGACAAAAUAAUAAAUAUAUCUGAUUUUAAUAGUGACUUUAAGACUUUGGUGAGAAAUAUAGUAGAAAAAUAUUGACUGAAGC